UCUGAUGAUCGCAAACUGCAGAUCUUGUAUGCUUUGCUCUUCUUGGUGUUGUACCUAGUGGCUUUGACAGGAAACUUCAUCAUUAUCACCAUCACAACACUGGAGCAGCACCUCCAAUCUCCAAUGUAUUACUUCUUGAAGCAACUUUCCCUUCUGGACCUCUCCUUCACUUCCGUCACAGUCCCCCAGGCCAUUGACAAUUCACUGAUGGAUGAUAACUAUGUUUCAUAUGGCCAAUGCAUACUGCAGGUUUUCUUCUUCACAUCUUUGGCCUGGACUGAGAUAGCUAUUCUUACAGUUAUGUCUUAUGACCGUUAUACAGCCAUUUGCUUCCCACUGCACUAAGAGGUCAUCAUGGAUCUCAGAAAUUGUAGAUGGGCUGUGAUAGCUACGUGGGUGAGGGGAGGCAUCUCAGGAAUCUUAUACACAGCUGCCACAUUUUCUAUCACAUUCUGUAGGGUGAAAAUAAUCCAUCAAUUUUUCUGUGAUGUCCCCCAAUUACUGAAGCUCUCCUGUUCCAAUGAUUACCUAGGAGUGAUCGGAGUAGCUGCUUUCAUAUCUGUGGUGGCAUUAGCCAGCUUCAUCUCCAUUGCCCUCUCCUAUGUUCACAUAUUCUCCACAGUUCUAAGGAUACCCUCUGCUGAAGGCCGGUCUAAGGUAUUCUCUACCUGCUUGCCCCACCUCUUUGUUGUCUCAUUUUUUUUUCUCUCUACAGGCAUCUGUGCAUAUCUAAAACCAACUUCAGAUUCUCCAUCUGCAUUUGACCUUAUGGUAUUCAUCUUUUACACAGUAAUACCUCCAACACUCAACCCUAUUAUCUAUAGUCUGAGGAAUGAGGCCAUGAAGGGUGCGCUAAGAAACUUACAUUGGGACAGAGAAUUCACUGGGAAAAAUACACUUUUGUCCUGUUGUUAG